AUGGACUUCGAAGUGAUCGCUUGUGUGUGGCUUCUAUACCGUCGCUAUAAAAGACGACGGCAGAGGCAAAGAGAAUAUUGGGUGCACCCAAUAUUACGAGAUAUGGAAUGGCAUGGAAUGUUUGUAACAUUGUAUCCAAAAUUAAGGCAAUAUGAACCUAAGUUUUUUAAUUAUUUUAGAAUGUCCAUAAAAUCAUUUGAUGACUUACUCCAUGUUAUUAAAGUAGAUAUUACUGGUGAUUCAACGAUUUUGAGAGAUUCGAUUUCCGCAGAAGAAAAACUCGUGAUAACGUUAAGAUACUUGGCCACAGGCUGCUCUUUUGCUGAUUUGCAUUACGGAUACCGUCUUGGAAAAUCGACAAAUAUAAAGAUAGUGGAACAAGUUUGUAAAGUACUAUGGAGCAAAUUGAAGUUUACAUCUAUGCCUGAAAUGACAAUAGAAAAGUGGAAAGAAGUAGACGAAGGUUUUAAGAAAUACGCUAACUUCCCAAAUUGUAUUGGUGCGUUUGACGGGAAACAUAUUGAGCUAAUACAACCAGAACAUACAGGGUCGCUUUUUUUAAAUUAUAAAACAUACUUCUCAUCAGUGUUACUAGCAGUUUGUGAUGCAAAUUAUUGUUUUGUAUACGUUGAUGUCGGAUCCUAUGGCAAAACCAGUGAUUCUGCUAUUUUUAAAAAUUCCGAAUUUUUUAAACGGAUUGUGAAUAAUAAGUUAAAUAUUCCUAACCCCAAGCCUAUAUCAAAUAUCGAUAGAACUCCAUUGCCUCAUGUGUUCGUCGGCGAUGAAGCAUUUGGAAUUAUGUCGAAUGUGAUGCGGCCGUAUGGAGGAACACAACUCACACACACAAAAAAAGUUUUCAAUUACAGAUUAUCGAGAGCAAGGCGCUAUAUUGAAUGUACUUUCGGAAUAAUGAGCAAUAAAUGGCGAAUAUUUCAUAGACCGAUAGAUGUAAACAUAGAUUUCGCGGAGAGUAUCAUCAAAGCUUGCACAGUACUACAUAAUUACGUUCUAAUGCGCGAUGGUUACAGAUAUGAAGAUACACUUUAUGUUUCACCUCUACAAUCUAUACAUUUAGAAAAUUUACCACGAGGCAGCUUAUGUGCUAGAGAGCAAGAGAAAAAUUUGCCAAUUAUUUUGUGA